UAACAGUAUGGCUGAUUCUGCGUGUGAUUUUAUUGUAGGGAAAUUCUUUCAAGUUUCCCGAAAUGAUCGCAAAGGUGAAGUCAAAGGCAAGACGUUUCCUGAGCCAAGAAGCGGUCAUCGAUGUGUAGCGAAUGACAUCUACCUGUACGCCUUCGGAGGUUUUAACUCAGCAUUUGCGGGUCGGCGCAACAAUGAGGAGUCCUACUAUCCGCUCUUGAGAGAGUUAUGGCGGUUUAACAUUGUACGAAAGUCAUGGGAAAAGCUCAGUACUGGAGUUGACAUGCCUUGGGAAGUGGCUUCACAUUGUGCGCUUCUGGUUGCAAACAGAUUAAUAGUGUUUGGUGGGACUGGCAUUCCGUUUGGCAAAGUUAGCAGCAAUCUGGUUCACGUCUGUGAUCUGAAGAAGGUGAAGUGGCAAGUUCUGGACACCACAGGUGCACUGCCACUUAAGGGAUAUGGACAGGCGGGUCAAAUGCUCGUGUUUGGCGGCGUGAUCAACAUCGACGAUCAGGAGCGGCAUUCUGAGCUUUUACCCGAGACUGUUAUAGGGACUCAGUUGAUACCUGAGGCUGCUACAGAGACUCAGCUGGUACCUGAGGCUGUUAUAGAGACUCAGUUGAUACUUGAAGCUGCUACAGAGACUCAGCUGAUACUUGAAGCUGCUACAGAAACUCAGCUGAUACCUGAGGCUGUGCCAGCUUUCGACCUGCAAAAACAGAACUGGGAGGAGCUACCCACGGUGAAAGAUAGCAGACAUGGUUUCCCACAGGCGAGACGAUGUCACAGCUGUGUGAAGAUUAAAGACGAUGUGUACAUGACGGGAGGCUAUGAUGGAGAACAGAUUUUUGGAGACCUCUGGAGACUUCAUCUGCCUACAAUGAGCUGGGUGAAGUAUGAUGCAGAGAUUCC